AUGCUGCUGCAGCGGUUCGCCCAGAGACUGCAGCAGCAGCAGCUGCAGCAGCAGCUGCAGCAGCAGCAGCAGCUGCUGCUGCUCAAGAGGCUUGAUGCGAGGCUUACAAGCGCUGCUUCUGCUAGGGAGCGGGCUGCUGCUUCUCAGCAGCUGCCUGAGCAGCAACAGCAUCGGCAGCAGGAACAGCAGCAGCAGCAGCAGGAACACCAGCAGCAGCAGGAGCAGCAGGAACACCAGCAGCAGCAGCAGCAGCAAUUGUCCAUACAGCAGAGGCUGCAGCAGAUCGCGCAGCGGGUGGUCUUCUCCACAGCUGUGAGGAUACGCAGUUUCCUCAGCAGCAGCAGCAGCAGCAGCAGCAGCAGCAGCAGCAGCUACGCGUUUGGCGGCUGGUGUAACUCGGGGCUCAUCGACCCUGUUGCUGCGGAUGCUGCGUCAGAGAAGGAGCAGCAGCAGCAGCAGCAGCAGCAGCAGCAGCAGCAGCCUAGCAAGUUGCUGCAGCAGGCAGUGCCCAGAGUGCUGCUGCUGCACCCUCAGUACGACCCAGCCGACCCUGUGCCCGAGCUGCUGCCGCAAAGCUACCUGCAGCAGCAGCAGCAGCAGCAGCAGCUGCUGCUGCAGCGUGCUGGCGGUGGGAAGAACUCGCGGCGUAGGCAGCAGCAGCAGCAGCUCCCGAAGGGGCCUCUACCUGCCUCUGCUGCUGCUGCAACUUCUGCUGCUGCUGCUGCUGCUGCUGCUGCUGCUGGUGCUGCUGCUGCUGCUGCUUGCAUUCCUUCUCCUUUUGACUUUUCCUUCCCGUGGGCAAUGGGCCCCAGUGAGCGGCUCUACACCUAUCUUUGCAGCGUGGGCCCACCUUCAGCAGCAGCAGCAGCAGCAGCAGCAGCAGCAGCAGCAGCAGGCCGAGGGCGCCCGCCUGGUGCAGCAGCAGCAGCAGCUGCUGCUGCUUCUUUGGGGGCCCUCGUGAGGGGCCGUCUUGUGCUGGACUGCGGCUGCUUCGAAGGGGCUGGAGUGUUGCUGCUGCUGCAGCAGCUGGGGGCAGCAGCAGCAGUGGGCGUGGACAUUAGCAAAGCAGCAGCAGCAGCAGCAGCUCGCCGCUGCCAGCAGCAAGUAGCAGCAGGCCGUGCUGCGCUGCUGCAGGGCGACCUCUGCAGCAGCACAGUGCUUCCGCAGGUGCAGCAGCAGCUGCGGCGCCUGCAGCAGCAGGCAGCUGGCGCUCGGCCUCCCCACCCAGCAGCAGCAGCAGCAGCGCCAGCAGCAGCAGCAGCAGCAGCAGCAGCAGCAGCAGAUGAGGGCUUUGAUGUCGCCGUGUCUGUCGAAGUGCUGCCAGCUUCUCUUUCCCGUAGCUGCUUCUUUGCUGCUGUUUCGCUGCUGCUGCGGCGCGGCGGUUUGCUGCUGCUGCUGGACCGGCAGGAGGAGCUUAUGGGGGCUGCUUAUCCUGCGGUGGAGCUGCAGCAGCUGCAGCAGCUGCUGCUGCUGCUGCAGCAGCAGCCGCACAACCCGGGCCUGCAGCAGCACGUGCAGGUCGACCUGCGGCUGCUCCGUUCUCAGCAGCAGCAGCACGCGCAGCACCUGCUGCAGCAACUUAAAGACACAGGGCUUAAGCUGCUGCUGCUGCAGGACCUCCGGGUCUUUGUUGGGGGCACGCAGCAGCAGCAGCUGCUGCUGCAGCAAAGAGCCAGCCCCCUGCUGCUGCAGCGGCCUGCUUUGGAAGCAGCAUUUCGAAAAAUCCGCAGCUACCCUUACCUGCACCUAGUUGCUCAGAAGGAGUAG